AAAGGUGUGACUUGGCUAGACUACAAGUCCGAUUCCCUGUGGGUUCCGACCUAUAGGCGCGCCCUGAGCGUCUGGUCCGGUGUACGCCCGCUUCUACUCCACCCGUCAUAAGUCACAAGUUGCAGUCAGUUGCAGUUGGCAGCAGUUGGUGGCAGUCAGUGGCAGUCACGUCACGUUUGUCUAUUUAGUUAUGAACCGGCAAAAUAAGGAUUUAACUAAAAUUUUUAAAAUUUUUUAGAUACUUAUUUCUCAGGAAUUUUAACAGAUCUAACACAUUUUCCAAAUAGUACUAUCUAUUACAUUUCAUCAACCAAAUAUAUAUUCGUGUACAUAUGGAAUUAAAUCAUAUUUUAUUGAAAACAGUGUAGUCUAAAACUAUAUAAAAUUAGAACAAUGGCAAUAUUGCUUGGCGCAAUACUAAUAAUUUUUGUCUUAGUAGUCACUGUUUUGUUUGUGAGACAUUAUUUUUGGCGAGGACGACUAAAAAACGUUAAUAACAAGCAUGUUGUUAUCACUGGUGGAUCCAGUGGCAUAGGAAAAUGUGUAGCAAUUACUGCUGCCAGACAUGGUGCACAUGUGACAAUAAUUGCAAGGGAUAUUCAAAGAUUAGAAGCUGCCAGAAAUGAAAUAAUUCAUGCUUGUAAAAAUAAGGAUGUUCAAAAAGUUGAAUAUUUAUCCAUUGAUAUUGGUGAAGAUUACGAGGCAGUUGAAAAAGCUCUAAGUGAUAUAGAAAGAACUAUGGGUCCAAUAUACAUGUUAGUUAAUUGUGCUGGUACUGCAAUUUGUGAUAAAAUCGAAGAUACCAAAGUGGCAGAUAUAAAGAAAAUGAUCAAUCUUAAUUUCCUUGGAUCAUAUUACUGUACCAAAGCUGUUGUCCAAAGAAUGAAAGCUGCUCAAGAAGGAAUUAUUGUUUUAACUUCUUCCCAAGCUGCAUUGUUAGGUAUAUUUGGCUAUUCUGCUUAUUGCAGUACAAAAUUUGCUCUUCGAGGAUUGGCAGAAAGUAUAUCUAUGGAACUGGCACCAUAUAACAUUUCUGUGACGCUCUGUUUACCUCCAGACACAGACACUCCAGGUUUUGCUAUAGAGGAGUUGACAAAACCUCUUGAAACAAAGCUUAUAUCAGAAACCACUAGUCUAGUCAGUCCGGGAGUAGUAGCAGACAAACUUUUUAGAGAUGCACUGGCUGGGAAAUUCUUCUCUACAGUCGGUGUGGAAGGUUUUAUAUUGACUGUCCUAUGUUCCGGGAUGUCACCAUUCAGUUCCAUCGUAGAAUUAGUUGUACAGUCAAUGUUAAGUGGCCUAUUCCGUCUUAUAAGUGCCUGUUAUAUUAUCCACUUUCAAAAAAUCAUUCGGAAUUGCAUAAAGACACGCGAUAAGAACAAAAAAUCUGAAUAAAUUAUACCAGCUUGUAUAAAAUCAAUACAGCGCAG